AUUUGUUUUUAGUAUUUUUUUUGCUCGCUUGCACUUUAGUUCAAAACAUUCACAUUCAUAGAGGCUUGAAUUUCAUAAAAUGACGGACACAGAGGCAGAAGAGCAGCACACACGGGUCUUCGGAUAUGAUAUUCCGCGGUGGGUCUCUGCAGACACGGGGAUCUCGCUGGCAGUCAAAGGCGUGCUGGCAGUCAGCGCCUUGCUCGCAGUACUGGUGUCAUCGAUCGUGCUCUACAGCAUAUUCUACCGACUGUACGUGCCGCAGCUGCUGCACGAGUCGGCAGUGCACAUGCAGUACCACAAGCACAAUACGUCGGCGGUAGUGGAUCUGGUGCCCGCGGCCAACUACAAGCUUUUGUCGACGUCGCAGGCAUACUCGGUCGCAUUGCACCUCGACGUGCCGACCUCGGAGGCGAACGAGCAACUGGGCAACUUCAUGGUCACCGUGGAGCUGUGCGACCGCAGCGGCACACCGGUGCACACGGCCAGCCGACCGGCAAUCCUGCCGUACCGGUCGUCGCUGGUCAAGGUCAUGCAGACGGCGGUGCGCGCAGUGCCGCUAGCGCUGGGCUGGAUGCAUGAGAAGACGGUGCUGGAUGUGCGGCUAAUGGAAGGCAUGUAUGAUCGGCGGUUUGCUCCCAUCACUGUGGCCAGGGUGGCGCUGAGUCGGCCGGUGCAGGUAUAUAAGGCACGGAUUGUCAUUAUGGCAGAGUUCUCGGGCCUAAGAUACUGGAUGUUCUACUGGCGCACGCCCACAGCAGUUUUGUUUGUGGCUCUGGCGGUUGUGUGGCAGUUGGCGUUCACAGCAGUUGCCUGGUCGGUGCUGGAGGCUUACACAAGGUCGCGCCAGGGACAGCGAGAGGAGGUGGGGGGUAUGCGGUCGUUGACGCCAUCACCCGCAGCGCAGAGGAUCGCAGAGACCAAGGCAGAGGCGAGCAGGAAGGGCGAAGGCGUGGAAAUCCCAGAGUUGAAUGUUGAGCUGGUCCAAGACGAUGGGCCCAGCAGUGCUGUGGUUGAGGAGCAGAUGGUCCCGGAGGCAGAUGCAGGGGCAGGCACUAGCAAAUCCGGGUCUCUUCGACGCAGACAAGCAGUGCCAAGCUAAUUGAUAUUAUGUGAAGAAAAAACCUGUUCCAGUAAGAAAACAUAAGAUGUUAGAGGGA